AUGAAAUCCCACAUAGCAGCGUCGUUGCUGGCCUGCUGGGCAGCUCAUGUGCAGGCGUUUUCGGAUUCGUCUCCCUUUAUCCUGUUUUCAACCGCGAAAUUACCACCUCCUUCGUCAAUCACUCAACUGCAAACCUCGUCUCAAGUUCUCACUGGCGCCAAGUCCCUCCUCGCAUCAUGUCCUACACGGCGGUACAUUCUUGUCUCGCAACCAAACAUGCACGCUGCCGACAUCCGCGACGAUGGCGACAACGGCUGCAACAUGCCGAAUCUUUGUCGUGCAGUGCAGUCAGCAGGUGCCCAAGAGAAUGUCUGGGCCGUUGCUGAGGUGGUUGGCCAGGUUUCCGGGCAACCGCUAGCUGAGUAUAUCACACAGGCGUGUCAGGAGCGCCGGGGGCAGGCGCCGACGGUGGAGAGAGUUGAGCUGAGGCACUUGCCUCCCGUUGCUUCUGGGGAAAGAAGUGAAGAGGCGAGGAGGGAUAUCCUUGGGGAUAAUGACCAUGAGCUGGGCAAGCUGCUCGAGACCCUUGACAGCGAUUACACUGUCAUGCUUUUGUCGGAUCCGAACGAGAUCAAGGCAUAUCAGCCCGAUUUCGCUGAGCCCGUGCAUAUGGACAUGAAGCGCUGGUCCGAAGAUCGGGGGGUUGCUGCACCAAAGAAAGGCAACUCGACUUCGAACUUGCCGCUAUUUGAGAAGUAUCAAUUCUUCACGCCUGGCAUCUUCAUGUCGUUCAUCGUUCUAGCGAUCCUUCUGUCUAUCCUGGGCGUAGGCCUCAAGGCCAUUUCCAGCCUGGAGGUAUCCUACGGUGCGUUUGACAAGGAGAUGGGACCGGCUGCCCAAAAGAAGCAGAUGUAA